GACAAUCAGCUUCAGAUUCAUGAUGACAAAUCUUCCAGCACGAGAAUGCCAGACACAGCUUCGAGCCGAGCAGCUCGAUUUUUAAUCAUGGUUUCUCUCCCAUCGCCAGCGUGAACACGUCGUCAGCUACAGAUUUGGAUCGUAUUCAAGCGAAAAAGGCGGAAGAAGAGAACAUGAAGAAGAGGUUGAGCAGCUGUGGUUGUCCUGCUCCUGAUUGAGCUCCUUAGAUACGCCAUGUCCACUUCACCUGUUGGUUUGCAACCGGAGGCACCUGUAGAAACUCCCAAGGUUUGCUUGCUACCGCAUCCUUUUCAAGUGUUUGACUGUGAGCGUCCCAGGCACAAAAUCGCAAGUGAGUUCUCCUGUUCAAACUUGAUCAGUCCGUAUGUUUACCUUGCCGACCAGCUCCACAGACUCCACCUCCAACAUUAUGCAACGACCCUCAGUAUUCGAGCUGCCAUGAUCUGAACAUUCUUGACUUUCUUCUCAGGAGGAGAUCAGCACACCUCAGCGCUUGUCUCUUCCUACUAAAACCCCAACAGACGUGCAGAGGAACGCGA